AUGGCUACCACUUUCACGUGUUCAUCAUCUCCAGGUCUCCAAAUUCGUGUUCAUAUCAUUCUCUUUGUCUUCUUAUUCUUCUUGCGCUUGUCUGAAUCUGUAUAUUUCGACAUCCUUGAGUUUGAGCCGGAUACAACGGAUAUGGUCUAUUCAGGUGAUGCUGUAGUUGCUUCUGGAGACGUAGAGUUGAACCGAGUCGAUGGUGGCAUUGGAGUUGGCCAUGUGAAAUACGCACAUGCAGUCCAGAUAUGGGACGGCAAAUCUAGGAAGCUCACAGAUUUCAACAUUCGGUUCACUUUCAUCGUCGAUACACGAGGCCAACCCUUUUAUGGCUAUGGGUUUGCUUUCUUUCUUGCCCCUGUUGGCUUCGAAAUCCCAUUCAACUCAUCUGGUCCCUAUUUGGGCGUCUUCAACGCAACAACAACUGAUUCCCCCAGAAGCCAAAUGGUUGUCGUUGAGUUUGAUACUUUCAGAAAUAACGAUUCGGAUCAUUCAUUUGGACAUGUGGGUAUCAACAUGAACUCGAGUCGUUCUGCUACACUCACUCCUUGGAAUGCUAGUUUGUAUAGCGGACGUUCUGCGGAUGCUAGAAUUGCUUACAAUGCUACAACCCAGAUGCUGAGCGUAUCUUGGCGGUAUCCAUCUGAAACUAAUACUGAAAAUAACAAUAUUUCGUAUCAGGUUGACCUGAGAGAAGCUCUUCCUGAGUGGGUAACAAUUGGAUUUUCGGGUGCCACUGGUUCAUUUCUGGAGAGGCAUGUCCUUCGACACUGGAAGUUCAGUUCAACCUUGAAUAUGGUAGGGGAAAGUGAAGAUUCUUCUAAAAGGAAACUAGCAGUGGGCUUAACAGUCCCUCUUGCAGUUCUAGGUGUAGGAGGCCUUGUAGCAUGUACUGUAUAUUGGAGCAUACGAAGAAAAUUUAGACAGGAAUCACUAGACACAGUUGCCUUGACAUCAAUAAACGAUGAUCUUGAAGGAGGCCCAGGACCCAAAAGAUUUUCUUACCACGAUCUCACUUUGGCUACCAACAACUUCUCAUAUGAUCAGAAGUUGGGAGAGGGAGGAUUUGGGUGUGUCUACAAGGGUUACUUAUCCCGUGAAGGCAUGGUGGUAGCUGUCAAGAAAAUUUCACAAGGUUCUAAACAGGGAAAAAAAGAGUACUUAGCUGAAGUGAAGAUCAUUAGCAUUUUAAGGCAUCGAAACUUGGUGCAACUCAUUGGCUGGUGCCAUGAUCAAACACAAUUCUUGCUCGUCUAUGAGUUUUUGCCUAACGGCAGCCUUGACUCUCACCUCUUCCGCAAAAAGAAUACCCUUGAAUGGACUGUGAGGUACAAGAUCGCUCUUGGUUUAGCUUCAGCAUUGCUCUAUCUCCAUGAAGAAUGUGAACAAUGUGUGGUUCAUCGAGAUAUUAAAACGAGCAACAUCUUGCUUGACUCAGGAUUCAACGUGAAGCUUGGAGACUUCGGAUUGGCUCGACUCAUGGACCAUGAAUUGGAUCUACACACCACUGGUUUAGCUGGAACUAUAGGCUACAUGGCUCCUGAGUACGCAAUAACAGGAAAAGCCAGCAAAGAGUCGGAUGUGUACAGCUUCGGAGUUGUUGCAUUAGAGAUCGCUUGUGGGCGAAAGGCAAUGGAUAAUGUUGUCACAAAUCCUGAUGUUGGAUUGGUUCAGUGGGUUUGGAGUUUACUUGGGAAACAGGAGCUGCUUUCCGGUGUCGACCAGAUGUUGAAAAACAAAUUUGACGUGAAACAAGCCGAGUGUUUGAUGUCAGUGGGGUUAUGGUGUGCGCACCCGGACCGGAGUCUGAGGCCGUCCAUCCGGCAAGCAAUUCAGGUGCUCAAGUUCGAGGGUGUAGUCCCAAAUCUUCCGAAGGUGAUGCCUGUGCCUAUGUACUUUGCAGCACCAGAUUCCCAUGAAGUCAGUUCAGUUGGCGCUUCGAUGACCACCUCUAGCAUUAAUCUGGCACGAUGAACAACAAUGAUAGCAGAAAAAGUAAAUUCGUUAUGCAUUUAUAGGAAUUUGGUAGAUCAUUCUUAUUGUAACCUGAAAUCCAUAUCAAUUUGUAAUCCAUUUUAUAA